AUGUCAAACUCUAAACCACAAGAUCAACUUGUUAACGAAUUGAAGGACGCUUUUAGUCUUUUUGACCAAGAUGGUGAUGGAAAGAUUUCUAUUGAAGAAUUGGGAGCUGUUUUGAAGAAAUUAGGUCAAUGUCCAUCAGCUGAAGAAUUACAACUCAUGUUUUCUGAUGUUGAUCAAGACAACAACGGAACCAUCGAAUUUGAAGAAUUUAUGAAGAUGAUGGAAGGUGGAAGAAACAAUGUUGAUACAGAAGACGAAAUUCGUGAAGCUUUCAGAGUUUUUGAUAAGAAUAAUGAUGGUUUUAUUUCAUAUGAAGAAUUAAAAUCCAUGAUGAGCAGUUUGGGUGAAACUUUAACUGAUAAGGAGUUGAAUGAAAUGAUUAGACAAGCUGAUAGGGAUGGAAAUGGUGUUGUUGAUUUUGAAGAAUUUAAGAGUAUUUUCAUGAAGGAUAUUUCAAGCAAUACUGAUUAAGUCAAUAAUUUGAUCAACUUUUAUAUUUUUAUUAAAAAUUAAAAAAAAUCUUAAUGU